GAAAGCCUGAAAGAGAGCACCAGACGCGAGCCGACGGAUUUUCCCAGAAUGGCGCACGCGCGCGCCCAGGCGAUCCGCGCGCUGCUCGCCAGGUGCUCGACGGAAUGCCCCCGCCGCGCCGCCGCCUCGUCCUGCAUCCGCCGCGCUUCUCUCCCUUAUUGUUCCCCAGGUUCCUAUCCCCGGAGCCUCCUCCCUGCGGUGCGCGCGGCUGGCGCGGAUUGGACGCGCUCUCUCGCGAGCAGGGCGCAGGGCGGCGCUGGCGCAGGCGAGGCCGGCGCCGAGGAGGGUGAGGCGCAGGAGUGGAUGGCGGAGUGGGAGGAGGAGGAGGAGGAGGAGGAAGAUGUCGAGCCCGAGAUCGGUGACGGUGGCGACGGCGGUGGGGUCGCCCUGAGGGGCGUCGAGUGGGGGAAGCGCGCUCUGGCGGCGGCCGAGGAGGUUCUUGGCGAGCACUUCGGCGACGACGUUGCGAUGUUCGCCUUCAAGGUGUCGCCCAAGGGAUACGUCUACGUCAGGCUUGACAAGCUCACCAACAGAUAUGGGUGCCCUGGUAUCGAGGAAAUCGAGAGUUUUAAUAAACUCUACAAGCAGAAACUGGACGAGCUAAUCGAACAAGGCGAAAUACCGCUGGACCUGGCAAUUGAGGUCUCAUCACCAGGAGCCGAACGACUUCUCAAGGUGCCCAAGGAUCUGGAUCGUUUUAAAGAUAUGGCCAUGAGGGUGCAAUACCUUGUUGAAGGCGAUGAUGUCGUCCCGAAGCAGAUCCUGCAGAAGGAUGGAAUCUUCUUGCUCGAGUCUGUUGACAUUCAGGCAGAACAUUGCAUCUGGAAGCUGGCAGAUGUCAAGGAGAACCGAGCUGCAGCUGGGAAAGGAAGGCCAUUGAACAGGAAAAAAAGGGACUGGAGGCUGCAAACUUCGUUCCAAGCAGUGAAGAAGGCAACACUAUACUUGGACUAAACCAUGAUGGCAUAUGUUUGGACAGAACUGAUUUAGAACCAAAUCCAGUAUUAGUUUAAAUUGGAACGGAAUCUCGCAUACUCUCUGUAAUACUUGCAAUACUGGCAAAGGAUGUUCAGUUCUGCAGUUAGAUUAGCGUCUACUUUAUUUGUGGAACUGAAUGAAUUUUCUGGAGGCAAAAUUCAUUGCAAGACACAGUUAUUAUCUCUGAAUUACAUGCUGAGUAGAACACAGAAUAGCAUGGCAAAUGUAUCUGGGAAGCAAUACAUUAUAUGGAAUCACUCAUUUUGGGUACUGAA